AUGUCGAGCGCCGCCGGACCUUCGUCGCAGCCGCGCCGUCACCGCCAGAUCAGAGCUUUGGAGACUCACAGUGCCGCGACCAGAGAUCCUGGAAGUAUGGUGACGAAGACAUACAAGCGAUCGCGCAACGGUUGCUAUACAUGCCGGUUGCGACGGAAGAAAUGCGACGAAUGCCACCCGAGUUGCGGAGCUUGCGCCAGCCUCAAUGUCAGUUGUGAAUACAGGAAACCGAGCUGGUGGAUUAGUACGGAUGCGAGGAAUUUACAAAAGAACAAAAUCAAGGAGAGGGUUAGAGAGACAAAGGUGCUACAGAAGGAGGCGGCUCUUAAAGAGUACAUGAGACAUGCGCUCCCAUCACCAGCAAUCCGCGAAAACCAUACCAACCCAGCCCCAUCUCAACCUCAGCCUCAACCUCAACCUCAACCUCAACCUCAACCUCAACCUCAACUCCAGAUGCAACCGCAAAUUCCAGCGCAAAUUCCAGCGCAAACCCAACCACAGGCACAACAAGCAUACUACUACUAUGACCCUUCCGCAUCCUACUUACCCACUCCUACCACGGCACCACUCACUGGCAACAGCUUCGAGAUGAACACUGUGACAGACGAAAACGGUUUUUUACAAGAUCUACAAGACCCAAAUACACUUCAGCAGCCCAUCAGCAUGAUGUAUAACCCCAUGGGGCCCCCACCCCUACCAGUUUCUGCUACGACUACGCCAGCUCUACAAAGUGAGGAAUGGUAUCAAGGCUUUGUGGACCCGCCUGUCUUUCACACCCUCAAGGCCCCUCCAGCGGAUCCUGCAUCAUCUGAGCUUCCUGAUCGACCCUUAUCGCAUUACCUGGAAGCUAGGAUGAGUAAAAAUGAUAGAGAGCGGCGACUGCUGUACCAUUUCGUUGACAAUGUUCUGCGCCUCAUGUAUCCCGUCCUAGACCUUCAUAAGGAAGGUCCGUCACGAGCACGCGAAAUUUUGGUGUCGCUUGACUCGAAUAAGUCCUACUAUCACUGCUGUCUUAGUGUGUCCGCGAUUCAUCUCAAGACGAUCAAAAAACACCGUGGUGUCAAAAUCAACAAUGACAUUAUGGUCCAUCGGUACAGGGCGGUAUCAGAGCUCUGCAGGGCUCUGAAUUCGGACCGCGGACACGACACAAUCCUAGACGCCACAUUAGCCAUGAUCUUUUUUCACUGUGCUGUCGGUGCUCCCAACGAUGACACCAAUCCCGACGUCCCGUGGCAUGAUCACUUUUCGACCGUCAAAAACCUCAUCAACACGCACGGUCUGGUCGAUACAAAUCCUUUCGCCCCCGUUUCCUUCAACAUGUCACUUAGCGCCUGGGUCGAUAUCCUCGGCUCCACGAUGCUUGCCAAAUCUCCCGAAUAUAUCAACACAUACCGUACAAAGCAUCUCAAUGGCAUCUCAUCAGGCCUCCAGGAGUUGAUGGGCUGCGAGGACAGCAUCAUGUACACAAUUGCCGAAAUCGCAUGUGUUGACGCUCUCAAAAAUGAGGGCGAGAUUGACGACUUUGACGUCUGCAACAAGGUUGCCUCAUUAACAGCUCAACUUGACUGCGCCGAAGAAGCUGCAGAUCAAACUCUCCAGAACCCCCUCUCCCCGGGCGGCACCAUCCAACCCGACAUACUCACAAAGAACAUGACCUCUAUCUUCCGCACAGCAGCCCGUAUCUACCUUUACAGUCUCUUACCGGGCUUCGAGAACGAACAACAAAGCACCAUUGAACUCGUCGAUAGAGUUACCAGCAUCCUUCAAUACAUCCCCACCGGGCCCUACGGCUUCGACCGCUCGCUCGUGUGGCCAAUGCUGAUAACCGGCGCCGCCUCAGUACCCACGUCCACCUUCCGUACCAUCCUCGCGCAGCGUUCAAAUGCACUCGGAGAGUGCAGCGACUUUGGCAGCUUUGGACGCAUGUACCAUGUCCUACAGGAAGUGUGGAAACUCUCCGACGACCCUAGCGCGACAAUCUACGCCGAUCCAGGUCUUUUUUCCUCCUCAACAACGUUUGCGUACGACCAGACGACUCUACCGUCCCCUCGGAUUGAGACUAUCGGUCGACGCAUCAAGAAGCAGCCCGUCCAUUGGCGCGAAGCAAUGAGACGUCGCGAGUGGAGUUACUUGCUUCUCUAG